AUGGGUAAAAGUCAUUCGAAAACUACAUUUAAUCAAUGGGAUUUAGAUCGAUUCAGCAAUGUUACUGGUAUUCCACGUGCAACUGUUGAACGACUCUACCAAGAAUUCGUUGCUACAACUGGAAAAGAUAAUCGCAUGGACAAGAAGGAAUUCCGUCGUUUGUAUAAAGAAUUAUACAUCAAUGCGAAAACCGGUCCAAGCGUGCCAGCAGUCAUCACCGAUCAUGAUUUAGACAAAAUUUCCGAUCGAGUUUUCAAAGCAUUCGAUGCUGAUGGAACAGGCAAAUUGACAUUCGAAGAAUUUGUAAAUGCAUAUUUAUUACUCAGCCGAAAUGAAUCAAACAACGCUGUAACAACUCGUGAUCGAUUUAGUUACAUUUUAGAUCAUAAUAAUCCAACACCAGGUUACAUUACUCGUGAACAGGGUGAAGAUGUACUCAAUCAUUUGAAUCGUUAUUACACUUUGCAAGACACAGCAAAAACGACUUCAACAACAACAACAACACCAGCUGACGGAACUAAACCAGUGACAACAACUUGGGAACAACAUUGGACGAAACUCGAUGAUGGCACUGGCCGUGUUCCACAAGAAAAAUUCGUCGAAUAUGUCACCACUUCCGAUGAUUACAAGAAUCACAUCGAUCGUGCUGUUCUCUAA